AUGUCGGACCCAACGGUUGAGUUGCCACUCUAUCUGACGCCAAAUUUCUUUAGAAGAUGCUUGGAGCAUGGAUUACAGCAGCAGGAUCUGCAGGUUCUCGAUGUGAAAUUAACGAAUCUAACACGAGGAGGAGAAAACUAUUGCAGUAACAUUUAUCGAGCGAAUAUUAAAUAUAAAAAUACCGAAAGAAAUAAUGUGGAAAUUUCAUUGAUCGUCAAAUCAAUGCCAGAUGAAAAGCAAGCAAUAUUGGCUCGUCUGCAUAUUUACAACAAGGAGAGCAUUUUCUAUAUGCAUAUUAAGCCAAAAUUGGAGACCCUUAUGUGGCCACGAAACCAAAUAGUAGGCCAUGAAAAAUGGGAAUUGGGUGCCAAACAUUUUUAUUCCACCACUCAACCAGAGCAGACGAUUAUAUUCGAGGAUCUCUGCUCUGAUGGCUAUCAAUUGAAAUGCCGUCAAUUGGGUUUAAAUUUCGAUCAUGCCGCCUUGGUAAUGAAGAAAUUGGCCCAAUAUCAUGCUCUAACCAUGGUAAUGGCGGAACAUGAACCCGAGAUUAUUAUAGAUCGUUAUCCAUUUGGUCUAUUGCAUAUGGAUGCCAUUAAAUCGGAACCAUUUAAGUUACUCUUCGGCACUCAACUCUUGAAAUUGGCUGCCUUGGUGGGAGAUUGUGAGGGUUUUGGUUCGAUUACACGAAAACUCUAUCGUUAUCAUGAACAUUUCACGGAGCGUGUCCUGAAAUCUGUUUAUCCUCUACGAGGUGCCUUUAAUGUGCUCAAUCACGGCGAUCUGUGGGUUAAUAAUAUAUUCUUCAAAUACGAUAAUCAAUAUAAGGUGGAAAAAGUGAAGAUUAUCGAUUUUCAAUUGUGUUUUUAUGGUAGUUUGGGUUUCGAUGUCAACUAUUUUCUUAAUACCAGCUUGGAAUUGGAUGUGCUAAGGACUCAACGCCAACAACUGAUAGAUAUAUAUUGUGAGUCCCUAAUGGAAUGUCUGAAACACUUGCCCUUGUCUAAACCACAUCCAACAUGUGAUGAUAUUUUGGAGGAGAUUCGUGCUAGGGAGGCCUAUGGCUUUUUUGUGGCCUUUGGUUUCUUCCCCUUGAUGAGUAUGAUUGGCAUUGAUUCGGAGGACAAUUCCCUUAAGAACUUUCACGAUGAGGAAUUCGCCAAACAAAAGGUUCAACUCAUGUUUGAGGGCAACGUACGCACACUAGAGAGCCUGAAGUUCGCAUUGCAACGUUUAGAUGACUUGCACAUUUUUGAUUGAAGGUCACACAUUGUAUACAAUGCAUCUGAAAGUCUUGGUUAUUGCAUGAUGAUAGAACGACAAUCAAGAAUAUAUAGUUAUAUAUACAUAUAGAAUACAAAUGAA